UUUUGUUUCCUUCGUUGCUGAGUUUUUUUCUUCUCUCAUCUGCGCUGCGCACCCAUUCUGCUGCUUGCUCGAAGAGCUUCCGAGUGCAAGAUUAUCGAUGGAUGCAUCUCGGAUCGAUAUAUUUGAGAUUUAUAGAAGAUUCUCCGAUAUAAAAUUAGGACAUGGAUUUGUUGUUGGAGAUGAAGGGUACAGGCAGGACAGUGACAUUCAGAAAGCUAAGCUUUCAAGGGAGGCAUUGACACAGCUCUCCAAGUUGGUUGAGUCCAGAGUUAGUACAGGGGCAACAAUUUUUGAUGAACUUUCAAUCCUCAUGUCACGGUUGGAGUUGGUGGCAGACUUUUCAGAAUUCACUCGGUUCUAUGAUUUUGUUUUCUUCAUGUGUCGCGAGAAUGGUCAAAAGAAUAUUUCUGUAAGCAGGGCAGUAACUGCUUGGAAAUUAGUUCUUGCUGGGCGCUUUCCACUGCUUCAUCAAUGGUGUGACUUUGUUAAGAAAAAUCAACGGUACAACAUCUCCGAGGAUACUUGGCAGCAGGUUCUAGCUUUUAGUUGGUGUACACGUGAUAAUCUGGACGGGUAUGAUCCUGAAGGUGCUUGGCCUGUUUUAAUAGAUGAUUUUGUUGAGCAUAUGUACAGCAUAUCAGGAUCAUGCUAUGAUAAUUCCAGCUUUCAUUGUAACUGUGGUGAUCCAGAAUCCAAGCCAUGUGUUUUCAAGGACACACUUCCUGAACCAAGAAGUAUUUCCAGCCUGAAGCGGAAAUUACCUGAGGACACAGGGAAAAGUAAUAUGGAAUAUUCAAAUAUGUCUGAGGACUUGGUUUCUUCAAACUGUAAAAGAAGUAGAGCUCAUGAUACAGUGGAUUGGGAGGACAAUCCGCCAGGGAAUACAACAGAGGACUGUAUGGAAACGAGUAGACAAAACAGUCCCUUGUGCUCAUCUAAGUCCCCGUGUGCUGUUGAAGGUUGUCUAUCGAAGGGAUUUGCAGGACUAUUUUCGGCUAGUUCCUAUGUGCAGUUCACGGGAUAG